AUGGCAUCAAAAGCCUCGGCCCUUCAUAAACAAGGCCAGAAACUCUACCAAAGAGGAGACUUCAAAGCAGCUGCCGAAGCCUUCGGCGAGGCAUUGAACCAGAAAGAUGCAGAUACCAUUGGUAUUUUAGAUAACCGUGCCGCUACUUACUGCAAACUCGAGGAUUUUGACAAGGCGCGCCGAGAUUCAAGGCACAUGAUCAAAAAGGCCAAUCAAGAUGAGCGCGGAUAUCUACGAUGUGCAAAGGUUCUUCUACUUGAAGGAAAGCCUGAAAAGGCCAUGGAAAUCUACGCUUAUGGUCUGAAGACGCUUGCUAGCAAACAUCCACGUCGUGAACUGCUGAAGCAAUUACACGAUAAACUCCAAGAUCGGAUGCUUCUCAAUAGGCGAGAUCCUUUUACAGUGUUACCGUUCGAGAUGGCAAUGAUGGUAGUCCAGCACUUCUCAUUCAAGCAGAUUGUGGGCAUUCUGCGUGUCUGCAAAGGAUGGGAACGAUUCUUCGGCUCCAUAUCACACUUAUGGAUGAAUAUUGACUUCAGCGCGGCUCGAGGGACUAUUUCUUUUCCCGCGGUCCGAUCUUGCAUCCGACGAUCAAAAGGGUUGCUCACCCGAGCUAACAUCAAGAAUCUGCCACCAUCGCAAACACCCAGAACCCUGGAAUUUCUGAGCAGAUGUCCCCAUAUCGAGCACCUACAGCUCUGGGUAUCUCAUGAUCAUAAGGAAUUCUUCAGUAAAUUCAAGGGUUCCAAGAAGCUAAAAAGCCUGGUCCUCUCGGCAGACAUGACAAUUCCCCAUGAUUAUUUCGGGCGACUCCUAAUCGAGCUGCCAAAACUGGAAGAAAUCUCGCUAUGGAAUUCUCGGAAUUCAUCUGCUGAGUUUCUCAGUUCUGGCUCAUGGCCCACCACUCUUCCAAAUGUAAAAAGCAUCACUUUAUCUACUCUCCAACAGCCACCAACCGCGCCAUUGACUCAAAUCAUACCUGCUCUCCAUCUCCCUAACAUCUUAUCUGAUACGACUCCUCACCCUUAUCAAAAUUUGAAGGAAUUACGACUAGAAGCAAAUCUAUCGAGGACUGUCCCAGUGUAUUUCCCCUCCGAAGCCGAUACUGGCCCUGGACGUGGUGACGAUAUUGGGAACUUCUCUCUUCCAUCGCUUCGCCACCUCGAGCUUCGAGGCAUCUCUCCAGAUACCUUCCUUCUUGCCUAUCUGCCCACCAGCCUCGAAACCCUUAUUUUAUCAGGUGGACCAUCUCGGCCCAGUCCCAUCACACGAGUUCCGAAAACAUUUCCAAACCUACACACGCUUAUCUUCAGUGACACCGGGUGGCUCAGUGCCUUGAGCCUUUGGACGCUCAUUAUAGAGCUACAGCCUCCAGUCCGCAAGCUAUGCUUGGAUCAAUGCUUCAACCUUCCAUGGCAUGCCCUCAUCAAUAUUAUCGAUGAACGGGCCCGCAACCCCAACUUAGCGAGAUUGGAAGAGCUCACCAUUACUCAUGUGCGGACGAUAGAUGAUGUGUACACGAAUGUACUUCUGGAUGCAUUCCCCAAUCUCACGUUUCUCGAUUUAUCCUAUACGGGUAUUACGGGCUGCACGAUCCGGACGAUCGCCGAUUUGCGAAAAUCCGAUUCAGCCAAGGGCCCAAAAAUUGAUCGUCUAAUUGUGCGAGGCUGCGAAGGUAUUUCUUCGGAUGCCGUGGCAUAUGGUCGAGAGAAAGGGCUUGAUGUGCUGUUCUGA